UACGAGCUUUCUGACUAUGACAGAACAAGUUAUUAUCCAAGCUUUUUUCCUCGAUAGAUAAGUUAGUGCUAAAACUGACCAGCAGAUCUGUCCUUUUUGUGACAUAGUGUAAUAUCUCAAGCUGAGUUCACUCAAAUUCCUCCAGAUGAGUUUCUUUGAAUCACGUCAGAGUUGUGUUCGAAGUUUCACGAUAGAGGGCACCAGUUACACAUAAACCCAGACGUUACCUGGACAUCUCGGAUGUUAUCACACGUCGAAGAAUCGGAAAGGAUGAACGAGGAAGAUAGCAGCACUGUAGCUGUCCGACGGAUGCACCCACGUGGGACGAGAUUAAUGCGAGGAGUUACUCUAAACAAAGACAGAAUUAUGGAGCGUUCAAAUUCUGAAUUCGAAGUCCUAACUGAGCCCACCACUGAAGUAUGUGAGAAGGCUGCCUCUAGACUUCGAGAAAUUGCUCGCCACCUCCAGCACGAUGAUGUUCCCAUAAAUGUAAUACAAAAAACUUUAGAAUAUGCCGCCUGUGCUCUCGAAAGGGCAUCAACAAGUAAAAUCAGGAAACAGCCUCAAGGGAUCCUGGCUAAUUGGAAUCCCACACGAUCCAUUAUUGCUCCACCCUGGAAGCGGAGUUCUCGUCAAACAAGUACCAUCUUGGAUCCAAACAGACGUCACACGGAUGAAGAUUAUGAUUUAUCAAAAGUCCAGCCUGAUGCUGUACCAGGUGAAGUACGUGAUUGGUUGGCAACGACCUUCACACAACAAGCGGCGAAACAGCGAAGAGGAGAAGAUAACAGGCCUCGUUUCAGAUCCGUAGCUAAAGCAAUUCGAGUGGGUAUUAUGGUCGACAA